UAUACACGUGUCGUCAGCGUAUCGCGUCGCAGAAACAAAAACAGAAGUCCCCCUUUUAUUUAGAGGAAUAAAACAAAACCGGAGGUCGUAACACUUAUUUUUUUUAACCCAGCUGACUUUACGCCGACAGGGCACGCACGCAGCAAUGGAAGCGAUCUGCGCAACCAAGUCGGUGCUGCUCGUCAUCUGGGAUGCUGACCGGCCACUGAACAAUGUGUCUGCUUAAUAAUAAUUAACUCGGAGUGCAGUGGGUUGUUAGCUGCCUCGCCAACAGGAAGUGUUUUUGGGUCUUCAGCCAAGACGAGCGGCAUUACGACACCGCCGUGCACAUCAGCGGUGGGUCCCCGUUAACUUCAGCUGACGUCAACAGGUUCACGAGGAUCACCUGAACCCGACCCGAGCCAUCCGACCUGAAACUCCCUCACCACUGAUCUGCCAGCAUGGCCAACACAGACCUCGUCAGCCUGAGGGUCUUCUCUCUGAACUGCUGGGGGAUCCGCUAUCUAAGCAAACACUGUCCUCAGCGCUAUGCCAUGAUUGGAGAAAUGUUGUGUAAGGAGGAACAUGAUAUCGUCUUACUGCAGGAGGUGUGGAGUGAGAAAGACUAUCUCAACUUGAAGAAGAAGCUUGCCUGUAGUCAUCCCCACUCUCACUACUUCAAAAGUGGAGUCAUAGGCAGCGGCCUGGCCAUGUUCUCCAAACACAGGAUCCAGGACACAUUUCUUUUUCGCUACUCACUGAAUGGUUACCCUUACAUGGCUCAUCAUGGAGACUGGUUUGGAGGUAAAGCCGUGGGGAUGGCCAUCUUAAACCUCGGCAGCCUGACUGCACACGUCUAUGUCACUCAUCUGCAUGCGGAGUACUGCAGGGAGAAGGACUCCUAUCUACCUCACAGGGUGGUUCAGGCCUGGGAGCUGCAGCAGUUCAUCCGUCACACCUCAGCUGGAGCAGAUGUGAUCAUUCUCGGUGGGGACCUCAACAUGCACCCUCAGGAUCUCGGCAACAGACUGCUGAGGACUUACACUGGACUGCGAGACUGUUAUUUAGAAACUGCUAAAUUUGAUGGAUGUGAGGAUGGAAUAACGUUAAUAGCGGACAACCCCUUCACCAGCAAAAAGGAGCUCGUCCCCUUUGACAAGGGGAUUCGUAUCGACUACAUCCUCAUCAAGGGUUCUUCCAAAACCAGUAUUCAUUGUGAUGUCAUGCGCACCACCAAAGGCUCGGUUGCUGACUCUCCCUUCCCAUAUUCUGACCACGAGGCUCUUACUGCUGAACUAAGGCUGGGAUCCCACGUCACAGCUGACACUGCAGAUGACGGACAAGCAAAGAAUAAGGACUCUGCCGCAGGAAAGCUGGCUGAGUUAGUUGACAUUGUGACAGAGGCCCGGACGGAAGUCAAGGUGGGCAUUCACUGUGCUGAGAGGAUGCGCUACACAUCAGCACGCACCGGGGUGAUGGGUCUGGCUCUGCUGUUCUUGGAGCUGGCCAUCGCGGCGGUGCCCUGGCUGGCUCUGGGAGCAGAACAGCCUUUCCCCCGUACCUCCUUCUACCUGCUGGCCGCGCUGUGCUUCGCCAUCCUGCUCACCACUUUCCUGCUGUACGUCUUUUACACCAUGGAGCUGAAGUCCCUGCAGGGGGCCGAGGACCAAAUGAGGCUGGCUCUAGGUAGCCUGCAAGAGAAGCUCAGGGGUUUUCCUGUGGCUCAGCCUCACAGUGCCCUGCGGGGGCCUCCGGAGGGUCGAGAGCCCGGUGCCUUCGCCCCAGAGGAAUAAAGCUGCAGCUGAAGUGGGUCAAAGUGAGCUCACGGAGAGAAGCCUUUGAAGUCAGCUUAAAGAUGAACGCUCUUCUGAUUGUGUUAUAUGCGCUUGAGAUUUAGUUUCAUAGACCAGAAUGAACUAUAACUGAAGGACAUAUUUGAAAGUAGUGCAGGACACACGCUUUGACCUUUUUAUACUUUUUAUAUAGUCAUCUGUAGGGUUUGAUUCAUUCUAGAGUUCAGUCUGUGCACCUGUAGUACAUAAAGUUGCUUCACGUCACACGGUAGAGAUACAUCUGUGUUACUGCUGUGCUUAAAGGUCAUAAAAGCGACUGCAUGAAUUUAAUCCUCAGGUCCGACUUGCAUUCCACCCACCAGUAGUUUGAAUGGGACCAGUUGUUUCUGUUUUUAGUUUCAUGCUCCUCUUUGUGGUUUGAAGAAUCCGCUCCUCAGAUGUUGUGGCGAAUUCACUCGAUGUGCUUAGAUAUUUUCAGGAAGGAAGCGUCCCUGCGGUCUCCACUGAGCAGGCAGCAAAUGUUACAGGUUUACAUUUUGGUCAGUAAUACAUUUUUCUUCCGCACAAAAGAUGCCGAGAGCUUCCGGUGGCACUGUAGAGGUCACUGUGAAGACUUCUCACUGUACUGUAAGAAACGAGACACACGAUCCACCUGUGUCUGUUCUCAUGCUCACUAUUUUGUACUUUGGUAUCUUUAGAGACAAUCCUGCACUCCUCCCCUACCACAGUUCAAACUAUGGAAUACAUUCAAAUGUUCUGCUUUUACCUUUUACCUUUGACCUAAUAUGAUCUUAUGAAUCACUUUUACAAAGCACCAUGCACAAUGGAUACUUAAAACAAAACUAAUGUCUUAAGUGUGCAGUGCACUCUUGAUUGAUUAACCAGAUCAAGCACUUCCGUAUGUGUAUGCUACGAGAUUAGUUAUGUGUGAUAUUAGUGUGAAACCAUGAUGAGACUCAACACAAGCUUAAUGAAUGCUGAUUUUCAUUAUUUAAAAAUCUUAAGUCAUCUUAAUGUUGGAAAAAAAAUACUUGAUUCGUUUUAAUUUCAUUAAUGUGUAUAGAAUUUCAAAUGACACCUGAUUUUAAUUCUAACUGAAUGUUGUAAUGGGCAUGAUCUGGAAAGCAAUAAAUAAAGACUUUGUAUGCACGUU